AUCAAUACUGCAAUAGUUCCAUCACCAUUAACACAAAGCUUUCCAAGGCUACAAAUACAUUUGCUAGCCUUGAAACCUCUUCAACUCGAUCUCUCUUCAGCAGAAAAUGGGCAUAACAAAUCCGGGGGGUUUUCGGGCACUCAUAAUUUGGUCCAUUUUCUUAUAUUUUAGUCGGCUGUGUGUUGGUGCUAAGACCAGGCACUUCAAAUGGGAAGUGGAGUACUUGUUCUGGUCUCCGGAUUGCAUCGAGAAUGUGGUGAUGGGGAUCAAUGGUCAGUUUCCCGGCCCCACCAUCAGAGCAAAAGCCGGAGACACCAUUGUUGUUGAACUCACUAACAAGCUCUCCACUGAGGGUGUUGUCAUUCACUGGCAUGGAAUCCGACAGUUUGGAACUCCUUGGGCAGAUGGAACUGCAUCCAUUUCACAGUGUGCUACCAACCCUGGAGAAACCUUUCAUUACAGGUUCAAAGUUGAUAGGGCGGGAACAUACUUUUAUCACGGUCACCUUGGCAUGCAGAGGUCGGCAGGGUUGUAUGGGUCUCUCAUAGUGGAUGUGGCAGAAGGAGAGAAAGAGCCAUUCCAUUAUGACGGCGAAUUCGACCUUUUGUUGAGUGAUUGGUGGCACAAAAGUGUUCAUGAGCAAGAAGUUGGCCUCUCCUCUAACCCAUUUCGUUGGAUUGGUGAACCACAGAGCUUGCUGAUGAACGGCAGAGGGCAGUACAACUGUUCCCUGGCAGCGCAGUUUAGCAACUCCUCCGCCACCCAGUGCAAAUUGAGAGGAACCGAACAAUGCGCACCGAAGAUCCUCCACGUCCUUCCAAACAAGACCUACAGGAUCAGAAUUGCCAGUACCACUGCCUUAGCUUCCCUCAACUUGGCCAUUGGGAAUCACAAAAUGGUGGUGGUGGAAGCCGACGGGAAUUAUCUCCAGCCGUUCGCCGUCGAUGACUUGGACAUAUACUCCGGCGAGAGCUACUCGGUCCUCAUAACCACAAACCAAGACCCUUCAAAGAACUAUUGGCUUUCCAUUGGCGUAAGAGGAAGGAGUCCGGCGACACCUCCCGGCCUGACCAUCCUAAAUUACAAACCAACCUCCGCCUCAAAGCUCCCUCCAUCUCCACCGCCGGUUACACCACGAUGGAACGAUUACGCCCACAGCAAAACUUUCUCCAACAAAAUCCUUGCUCUCAUGGGGUCCCCCAAACCUCCGACAAAACACGACCGUCGGAUCUUCCUCCUCAACACCCAAAACAAGAUCAAUGGAUUUACCAAGUGGGCGAUAAACAACGUCUCCUUAACACUCCCAGCCACCCCUUAUUUGGGAUCCAUAAAAUUCGGCCUGAAAAACGCUUUCGACCAGAAGACCCCACCGGAGAAAUUCGCCGACAACUACGACGUCAUGAUACCGCCGAUAAAUCCGAACACGAGUUCCGGCAGCGGCGCCUACAUUAUCGGGCUGAACACGACGGUGGACGUGAUUCUCCAGAACGCGAAUGCGUUGAGCGACAACGUGAGCGAGAUCCACCCGUGGCAUUUGCAUGGCCAUGAUUUUUGGGUGCUCGGAUACGGCGAAGGGAAAUUCUCGGAAAAGGAUGAGAAGAAGCUGAACCUGAAGAAUCCGCCGCUGAGGAAUACGGCGGUUAUAUUCCCGUACGGAUGGACGGCUUUGAGGUUUGUGGCGGAUAAUCCGGGGGCGUGGGCAUUCCAUUGCCACAUUGAGCCCCAUUUGCAUAUGGGGAUGGGGGUGGUGUUUGCUGAAGGAAUUCAUCGUGUGGACAAGAUACCUCGGGAGGCGAUUGCAUGCGGUUUGACGGCUAAGAUGUUCCUGGGCAACAAAAACUGAGAAUGCACUUUAAUUUAUAUUAUAAUAUAUUAAUAUGUAACGCAGAGUAUGAAACGCAGAGUUUUAGUGUUUCAUAAGAAGUUUUCGCUAAAAGAAAUAAUAAAGUGUGGUUUAUGGUAA